UGGAUUUGGCCACUGCGCAUGCGUGGACCCGGGUGUGGCCCUCCUGUCCGGCAGGUGGCGCUGCCUGUGUGUUAGUGUUGAUGUAAGCGCCGCUGCUACAUGUGACAUUGACAUCAACAGAGGCACGAUGAGGCUGACCGCCCUCCUGUCCAUGGCAGCCAGGGUCAUUGUGCCCAAAGACUACCGUUACGGCACAAACAGGCCGUGGACGGCGGCUGCUAAGAGGCUGAAUCCUCCGGGGAAGAAGAGGAGAAAGGUGUUUGUGGAGCCGUUAGAGGCGGAGGACUGGUCUGUGCUCAGAGGAGACCUGGUUGAGAUUCUUGCUGGGAAGGACAAAGGGAAGCAGGGAAAAGUGAUGCAAGUCUUCAGACACAGAAACUGGGUUAUCCUGGAGGGACUGAACACACACCACAGGUAUGUUGGAAAAACUCCAGGUUACCGUGGGACCUACAUUGCCAGUGAGGCUCCAAUUCUUCUCCAGGAUAUCGCCCUCAUUGACCCCUCAGACAGGAAACCCACUGACAUAGAGUGGAAGUUCACAGAGGAGGGUGAGAGGGUUCGUGUGUCGACGAGGACGGGUCGAAUCAUCCCUAAACCUGUUGUAGAGCGACGAGACGGCAUCGUGCCUCAGCAGUGGAAAGAUGGCCCUAAAGAUACCAGUCCUGAAGACGCUCUAGAAAAGACCUAUGUACCAUCUCUGAAAACCCUGGAGGAGGAGGUCAUGGAGAAACUAGGCAUCCAGGAGAACAGGAGGCACCAGAGGUCCUACUGGUACUGAAAGGAGAACCCAGAGACAUUCAGGCUCCCUGUUGAGCUGCUGUCCAGCUCUCACAUGGACUCUGAACAUGGCCUGUUCUGGUGGGAGUCGAGCUGAAGGUCGAAGAACUGUGAGGAUGACAAGAGGAAGGCAUAUGGACUUUAGCAACAAGGAAAGUAUCUGUAAACACUAUGAGGAUGUGAAAUCAGACCUUCAAUGUAACAGUUUCCUGAAUCAUUCUGUGUUUAUAAAGUUAUCAGUUUGUUUCUUUGUAAUAUUAUGAAUAAAUGUUGAACUGGG